AUGUUUCAUGAAUUUUUACAGGAGUUGGGUUCUCUCAAAAAUUCAGAGCUUCCCUUUCCAUUUCGAAAUUAAUUUAAAAUUAAAGAAAAUUUCAUCAAUCCAAAUAGCAAACAUUUUGAUACCAUAGCUUAAAAGUAUAUUAUCAAUAUUCAAUUUAGAUUAUUAUCAGAAGAAAAAGCAAGUAUCAAAAGAAAAUGGGAUAAAUAAUGCAAAAUGAUGUUCAUUUGGAUAUUAGGAAAAUUCUUUUAAUUGAAAAAUAAGAAAACCAUCAACCCUACAGAAGAAGAAUGGAGAUAAUUAUCUAAUAUUCUUAAAAUAGAUGAAGUUACUCUCAAAUAAAGAUGGAUAACUCUUAUUAAUCCAGUUUCAAAGAGUAUUAAUUGGGAUUCAGAAGAAGAUGAAAUCAUUAGAUCACUUAUGAAGUAUAUAAUAUUCAUAUUUGUAAUCAAGUGAAUCAGAUGAAAAACAUAUUUGGACACACAUCGCUUUAGAAUUGUAUAAUUAAAACAAUGGACAAUACAUAAGAACUCCCAAAUAGGUUAGAGAAAGAUGGAUGAAUUAUUUAAAUCCAAAACUUAAAAAGUAUAAUUAGAAUUUAACAAAUCAAUAGAACUAAUUGGAAUUAAGAAGAAGAUAUCCAAUUAUUGAACAUGGUUGUUAAGAAUGGUAAGAGAUGGUCACUAAUUUCCAGUCUUUUGGAUGGCAGAACAGAAAAUCAAGUAAAGAACAGGUAAAUAUUUUAAAUAUUUAAAAUAGAUUUAAGAGUCUCAUCCAAAAAAUCUAUAAAGAUGAAGACGAUGAUGAUAUUGAAGAAUUAUAGGCUAUUAAGGAGUAUUUAAAUAAAUAGAAUGGAUAACAAGUUCAGGAACCACAAAAAGAAGAGUCUCAAAUUAGAGUAAAUUAUUUGAGAUAGGUUAAAACUAAACCUAAUCUUAAAUAAUCUAAUUAAAUCGAAGAAAUAGAAAUUUAAACAAAGAAAAGAAAGAAUAUAAAGGAUGUUUUACAAAUUUAAGAAAAAGUGCAUGUUAAGUCAUCAAAAGAUUCAUUAAAAAAAUCAAAAUAAAAAGGAACUAAAUUAAAAGUAGAAGAAUGUUAAUAAGAUAUAUAACUAGAUUAAUAAUAAUAAUAAUAAUAAUUGUAAUAAUAAUAAUAAUAAUAAUAAUAAUAAUAAUAAUAAUAAUAAUAAUAAUAAUAAUAAUAAUAAUAAUAAUAAUAAUAAUAAUAAUAAUAAUAAUAAUAAUAAUAAUAAUAAUAAUAAUAAUAAUAAUAAUAAUAAUAAUAAUAAUAAUAAUAAUAAUAAUAAUAAUAAUAAUAAUAAUAAUAAUAAUAAUAAUAAUAAUAAUAAUAAUAAUAAUAAUAAUAAUAAUAAUAAUAAUAAUAAUAAUAAUAAUAAUAAUAAUAAUAAUAAUAAUAAUAAUAAUAAUAAUAAUAAUAAUAAUAAUAAUAAUAAUAAUAAUAAUAAUAAUAAUAAUAAUAAUAAUAAUAAUAAUAAUAAUAAUAAUAAUAAUAAUAAUAAUAAUAAUAAUAAUAAUAAUAAUAAUAAUAAUAAUAAUAAUAAUAAUAAUAAUAAUAAUAAUAAUAAUAAUAAUAAUAAUAAUAAUAAUAAUAAUAAUAAUAAUAAUAAUAAUAAUAAUAAUAAUAAUAAUAAUAAUAAUAAUAAUAAUAAUAAUAAUAAUAAUAAUAAUAAUAAUAAUAAUAAUAAUAAUAAUAAUAAUAAUAAUAAUAAUAAUAAUAAUAAUAAUAAUAAUAAUAAUAAUAAUAAUAAUAAUAAUAAUAAUAAUAAUAAUAAUAAUAAUAAUAAUAAUUCUCAUUUGAAUAAUAAUUAAAAAUACAGUAGUAAUUCUAAUCCUAAUUAUUAAGUGAAAAUAAUAAAAAAGAUCUCUCAACUCCUAACACAUUAUAUUAUAAUAUUUAACCUUCCUUGUAAAAAAUAGAGGAAGUAAAAAAUGAUUAAUAUGGGUAUAAAUAAGUUUAGCAAUCUCCAAUUUAAUAACCUAAUUAAUAUUUAUAUUAAGGAUUUCGUCCAUAUUAAGAGGAUAUAUAAUAAUAAUUUUAACAAACCCCUAUUUAAAUGUUAAUGGGCUAGUACUUUAAGAAUUACUAAUAAAAUUAUAAUCUAAUUUCUCCUUUCCCAUAAAUGAACCAAACUCCUAUGGUAUACACUCCUGCCUAAGCUAUGUACAUGUAUAAUAAUAAUACUCCAUAUAAUAUGGGCGUGUCACCUCUUUUGAUUAGAAGCCCUUAUCCUGAGAAUUUAUCUCCCAAUAUUGCUCCCUAAUAGCAACAGCCUUAGGCUUGUUGGCAAACCCCUCAAUAAAUAUCUAUUGAUUAUCAGCAGAAUGAAUAAAAGUUUUCUAUGGUAUGACUAAUAUAUUAAAGUAGAAUAAAUUAGAAUUUCUAUAGUCUAAUAAUUUAGUUGAUAAAUGGAAAUAGAAAAGAGUAAAUGAAAAAUAGAAUGCCUCGUUUCUGGAAUCCUUUUAAUCACUUGAUUAAUGA